AAAUGUUGGAGACGGGUUUGACUAUUAUGAGCCUGGUUUUGACACCUUGAGAGUGCGAGAUUUCUGGAGUUUAUUUAAGUCGAAAUGAAGAGGAAAUCGCCAGUACAAGUUCAAGCUCUUGAGGCUUUUUAUUUCGAGCAAAUGUAUCCGACACCUAAGGAAAUGGAGGACAUGGGCAAGUCUUUAGGGUUUACAGUGAAGGAAGUAAGUGGGUGGUUCAAGAGGAGAAGAAGUAGAGGAAAAGGCAUGAUAUCGCCGGCGGAUGAUGUGGUGGGAGCAGGGAAUCCUCAGUCAUACAAUACAUCUCGCAUUAGGAGUUCCAGAUGUGAUUUUAGAGCAGGUGUUAAGAAAAGAUCUAGUGUUGAGACAAGGAAGGCCAAUUGCCAAGAGUUGUUUACUUCACAACACAUUUUGGCCAAGAUCUUUCGAAAGGAUGGUCCGCCGCUUGGUUCUGAGUUUGACCAUCUCUCGUCUGGAGCACGCAAAGCUUCUUGGCUAGGCACUUCAUCUGUCGAGCAACAGAAACAGAUAAUGACAAGAAAGAGAAAGAUUUCUGAGCUGAUGGAUCAUACCAUUCAAGAGAAUGCUACUGUGAUGAAACAUGGUAUUGGAAAGGGUUUGAUGACAGUAUGGCGGGUAAUGAAUCCAAACAGGAGGGACGUAUCUCCUUGCGUUGGUUUAUUGGAUGAAAGAGCUACAUUACCUCAAAGCUCAGCAUGUAAUCCCCCACAUCAAAAGAAAAAGCAAAGACAAUUAGCGUCAAUACUGAAGCAGAAACUGUUGCAGAAGAGGUCGACAGAAAAGAAGAGGCGUUGUAUAAAUAGAGAGGUGGAAUUGAACAAAGAUGAAACUCAAAGGGAAUUUAAAGAAAACUGUGAGCUUGCCCUGGACAGGGAGGUAUUUAAAGAAACCUGCCAAACAACUUCGAUACUAGUGGAUGACGAGGAAUUAGAGAUGCGUGAGCGACAGGAGAGAGGAAACCCGUUGACUUGUUCAUGCCAUCAUUCUAGUAGUGGAUCUCAUGGUUGUUUUCUUUAUGCCUUGAUUGGUGCAUGGAGAAAGUCAGCUCAUAGGUUAUGGGCCAAAAGACUUCGGCGAAGCUCAACCGUGUCUGAAAUGACGCAGGUAAUUGGUGACUUUGUUGGGGCAAUCAAUGAAGAUUGGCUAUGGCACUCUAGUGAUCAAGGGCAUUCUAAUGCUUUAUUGGGAGAAACUAUAAGUUGCUACCCUUCGAUGCCGCAAACAACUUCUGCGAUGGCUCUAUGGUUGGUAGGCGAGCCUCUAGGAGGGAGUUGUAGCUCUGAUCUGGACAUCAUGUAA